AUGCCUUACCCUGGGCUUGCGGGGCUUGCCGCGGAGAUGAUUAGGAUUUCCGAGGAUGGUAUCCGCCAGGCAGGCGAGAUUAGGCGCAUGGCGGAGCCUGUUCCGGAGGCUGAGUAUCAGGCAGCACCGGGGGCUCCCAGAGGAGGAGGCCGUGCUGGCAGAGGACGUCGUGCUGCCGGAGGACGCCGUGCGCGUAGAGGACGCGGCGCUGCUGCCGGAGGACCUGCUGGUGGAGGACUGGUAGAUGAGACGGAUGAGGCCGAUCCCAUUCCAGAGGGCGUUCACGGUCUAGUCCAUCCGCAGCCCUUCCAGGCCGGUGGCAGCUCACCUGGAGACUCACCUACGUUUACGCCGGCGCUCUUACUUGCUGAGAUACCCGGGUCUUCAUCACAGCCGAGCCAUAAUGCAUACAUGGAGGAGCGUGAUAACGUUGAUUGGGCGGCGUUACGCGCUUCAUUAGCUGAUGAGCGGCCUGUGAGGAAUUUAGAGGGAGCCCGGAUUCUUGACUUUGAUGAGUUUUUGAUCCCGGAUUCGGCGCCAGCGGGUCCAUCAGAGCCACCCACUCAGCCUGCCGAGGCAGAGGUGUCUUCUCAUGAGACUACCGAGGCGCAUGAUUCGGCGCCAGCGGGUCCAUCAGAGCCACCCACUUAGGCAUUUUCUCAUGGGUCUGCCGAGCCAGCAGUGUCUUCCCAUAUGACUACCGAGCCACAGG